AGGAAAUGCAGUGGAAGUUGUGGAAAGACUCAUUGUUAGAGCUUGAACAACUCAACAUCCCUAGACCAUACGUAUCUGUUUCCUUGUCUGCUACAAAGAGAAGAGAAAUAUGCAUAUUCUCUGACGCCUCCACUAUGGCUAUCGCAUCUGUCGCCUACCUUAGGGUAAUAGACACUGAGGGACAAAGCCAUGUCGGGUUCCUCAUGGGAAAAUCUAAGCUGGCUCCCAGACCGACUCACACUGUCCCACGUCUAGAACUUUGUGCUGCUGUCUUAGCUGUAGAGAUGGCAGACAUGAUUACAACAGAACUGGACAUUGAGAUCCAUGCAAUGAACUUUUAUACAGACAGCAAGAUUGUGUUAGGAUAUAUUCACAAUGCUUCAAGAAGAUUUUAUACAUACGUGGCCAACAGAGUGACACGUAUCAGAAAGUCUACAAGUCCAGAACAGUGGCAUCACAUCAGCACAGACAAGAACCCAGCUGAUCAUGGGACAAGACUAGUGCCAGCCGCUGCGCUCAAGCAAACUAACUGGUUUGUAGGUCCAUCUUUUCUUCGUAAACCAGAAACCAAAAAAACUACUCAGGUAGAGACCUUUCAGCUCAUAGAACCAGAUCAAGACAAAGAGGUAAGACCUCAAGUGACAGUUUGUAGGACUAUAGUUACAAGAGACAGUCUGGGCGCUCAUAGAUUUGAAAGGUUUUCCAGCUGGAAGUUGCUGACCCGUGCAAUCGGAAAACUUAUCUGUCUAGCCAGAUCCUCCUGCAGAGCUACCAAUACUGAUCAGCGUAGCAAUGACCACCUUGAACAAGCCAAGGUCACGAUCAUCAGAUGCAUCCAGCAGGAAGUCUUUAAAGAAGAAAUCCAAGGCCUUCUGAAAAAGGAAGAGAUUUCUCAACACAAUUCGCUCAAGGACUUGUACACCAAGCAAAGGAAACAAGUUCAAAGUCUUGCGGACAUUUUCUGGAAGAGGUGGAGACAGGAAUACCUGGUGAUCUUCCAGCCACGCAAGAAAUGGCAAGAUGACAAGCCCAAUUUACAAGUUGGAGACAUUGUCUUACUGAAAGACUCUCAGGCCCACAGGAACGAGUGGCCUAUUGGACUCAUUGUGGGGACUGAUCCUAGUAGUGAUGCUAGAGUUAGAAAGGUUGAAGUUAGGAUUGUUAGACAGGGCAUUCCCAAAGUGUAUGCAAGGCCAAUUUCUGAAGUAGUUUUACUUCUGUCCAAGGGUUAGUGGCAUAACAAAAAGUAUGCCAGGUGGGGAGUGUGCUGCCUUCGCAAUGUAUUUUACAUGCUUGGCACUCAGCAGGGUCUGUUCCUUUAAGACCCUCCAUUUUCUUGAAGCCUAGAGGCGGGCCUUCUCUCUUAAGCCUAGGACUAGCCCCGGCAUGUCUCAUUCAUUCCAGCUCCAGCCACCACAGUGACCAGAUCCACAGGACUUCUUAAAGCUAAUACAGACUGCAAAUCUGAUAAAUACCAAAGCCUGUGAGUACGGAAUUGUUAGUUAGACCCUAUCUAUGUAUUAGCUAUGCAUAAUGUAAGGCACUUGAAUAGCCAUGCUUACAUCUGUCUUUCAUAUGUUUGUUUUACAGUUUUACCGCGUGUGUUCAUUAUAUCUCAGUAAAGAUUACAUCAGUUAAGCAAACCAGCGUGUC